GAUCACUGUGGGUUGGGAGGCUCCAAAGAAACUUUGUCUUCCUUCCUUGCGUUUACUGGGGGAUGUAUCACGUUGGGAUUUAUCAUCAAGAAAAAAAAUCUUCCUGGGAAUUUCGGACAAUAAGAACUAAAGGGAGAAGAUAUAUAUAUCUGAGAGCGGACAGUCAGUACUUAUUAUAGCCAUAAUCUUCUGGAGACAGGCCAUAAACUCUUGACUUUACUGGGCAUGAUCCAGGCACGCCUCUCUCCCAGCUCACACCUGAUUAUUUGUAUGGCAGUUUAUGUAGGUGGGAUGAUCACUGGCUCGUGAUGACUGCCUUUGACAUGGGAAUUUAAGAAAAACAUUCCAAGUACCUGAUUUGUGAACAUCUUGGAGAAACAAGUCACAGAGGACAGAUCUGGUUUCACUUACGUUGGAUUGUGAACCAAGAAUUAUCUGGAAACUGGCAGAGGCUUUACUGGUGGAGUAAACAGGGGGAUUUAACCAGGAAUUAUUGGGAAGGUUUUUAAGUCACCAUGGCAAUACCAUCUCCAAAGGUCAAGGCCAAGAAAAGGGAAGCUCUGUCGUCAGUCAGUGGCGAAGGUCAAGACUUUGUCUUUCUAUUUGACAAUAUCGUUGAUGUGGUGGAAAGAUGUAUGAGUUCUAUGCAAGCUGGUACUCAGAUGAUCAAACUGCGAGGUAGCUCCAAAGGUUUGGUACGCUUCUACUACCUGGAUGAACACAAAUCCUGUAUUCGGUGGAGACCUUCGAGGAAGAGUGAAAAAGCUAAGAUAUCGAUUGAUACCAUACAGGAGGUCUGUGAGGGGAAGCAGUCGGAGAUCUUCCAGCGCUAUGCUGAUGGCAGCUUUGACCCUAACUGUUGCUUCAGUAUCUACUAUGGGGAUCACAUGGAGUCUCUGGAUUUGGUGUCCUCAAGUGGUGAAGAAGCUCGAACAUGGAUAACCGGUCUGAAGUACCUGAUGGCUGGUAUCAGCGAUGAAGAUAGUCUUUCUAAGCGCCAAAGAACUCGUGAUCAAUGGUUGAAGCAAACUUUUGAUGAAGCGGAUAAGAACGGAGAUGGCAGCUUAAGCAUCAAUGAGGUUCUGCAGCUGAUGCAUAAACUGAAUGUCAACCUGCCUCGCCAGAAAGUGAAGCAAAUGUUCAAGGAAGCCGAUACUGAUGAUAACCAGGGGACUCUUGGCUUUGAUGAGUUCUGUGCGUUCUACAAGAUGAUGUCGACAAGAAGGGAUCUCUACUUACUGAUGCUCACAUACAGCAAUCACAAAGACCACCUAGACUCCGAUGACCUAAAAAGAUUCCUUGAAGUUGAACAGAAGAUGAUGAAUGUAACAAAAGAAUACUGCCUGGACAUCGUGGAUAAAUUCGAGCCUUGCCCAGAAAACAAAAAGGAAGGCGUCUUGGGGAUUGAUGGUUUCACCAACUACAUGCGCAGCCCAGCAGGAGAUAUCUUCAAUCCGGAACAUUAUCAAGUGAAUCAAGACAUGACCUUACCGCUCAGCAACUAUUUCAUUGCGUCAUCUCAUAACACCUACCUGAUGGGUGACCAGCUCAUGUCUCAGUCCCGUGUGGAUAUGUAUGCAUGGGUCCUACAGGCUGGAUGCCGCUGUGUAGAAGUUGACUGCUGGGAUGGACCAGAUGGAGAGCCAAUAGUUCACCAUGGAUACACCUUGACUUCUAAAAUAUUGUUCAAGGAUGUCAUUGAAACUAUUAACAAAUAUGCAUUCAGCAAAAAUGAGUAUCCUGUCAUCCUGUCCAUUGAAAAUCACUGUAGUGUCGUGCAGCAAAAGAAGAUGGCUCAGUAUUUAACUGAAAUCCUCGGAGACAAGUUAGAUCUUUCUGAUGUGCUUAAUGGGGAUUCAACAAAGCUGCCUUCUCCGGAAAGCCUGAAAGGAAAGAUAUUAGUAAAGGGGAAGAAACUCCCGGCCAGUAUUAGCGAUGAUGCAGAAGAAGGGGAAGUCUCGGAUGAAGACAGCGCUGAUGAAAUAGAUGACGACUGCAAGCUGAUCAAUGGCGAUGCUUCCACCAAUAGGAAGCAAGUGGAAAACAUAGCAAAGAAGAGACUUGAUUCAUUGAUGAAGGAAUCCAAAAUCCGGGACUGUGAGGAUCCUAACAAUUUUACAGUCACCACAUUGCCACCCGCUGGGAAAAUCGGCCAGAAAGUUGAAGUUAAGAAGAAGUGUAACUCUGGACCUGCAGUUGAAAGAUCAUCGAGUAAGACAGAAGAGGAGACGGAAUCAGGAGAAGAACCUAGCCCCAACAAACGUCACAGUCGUUCCUUGAUGGGAAGCUUCUCCAAGCGUAAGAAAAAAGGUGCCCGGAUUAAAAAGAGCUCAAGCUUGGAGGAAGGGGAUGACAGCCUAGACCGGCAAGGAAGCAUUGCAAGGGCCUCUGUGCAUUACAGCAGUAGAAUGAACCGGCAGAAGAAGACUAUGAAACUUUCAAGGGCUUUGUCAGAUCUGGUGAAAUAUACAAAGUCAGUGGGUACCCAUGAUGUCGAAUCGGAGAUUUCCAGCAGCUGGCAGGUAUCUUCCUUUAGUGAGACAAAAGCUCAUCAGAUCCUUCAGCAGAAACCAAUGCAGUUUGUUAGAUUCAACCAAUACCAGCUGUCCCGAAUAUACCCUUCUUCCUACCGGGUGGACUCUAGUAACUACAACCCCCAGCCUUUCUGGAAUGCUGGUUGCCAGUUAGUUGCUUUAAAUUACCAGUCAGAAGGUCGAAUGCUGCAACUAAACCGAGCAAAGUUUAACAGCAACGGGAACUGUGGUUAUGUUCUAAAGCCGAAAUGCAUGUGUCAUGGUGCCUUUAAUCCAAACUCCGAGGACCCCUUACCAGGCCAGUUAAAGAAGCAGCUAGUUCUCCGAAUAAUUAGUGGACAGCAGCUUCCAAAACCAAAGGACUCCAUGCUUGGAGACCGUGGAGAGAUCAUUGAUCCUUUUGUAGAAGUUGAGCUCAUUGGUUUACCUACAGACUGCUACAAGGAGCAAACUCGGGUUGUAGAUGACAAUGGUUUCAAUCCAAUGUGGGAGGAAACAUUGGUAUUUAACAUUCACAUGCCGGAGAUUUCUCUAAUUCGCUUCCUAGUCUGGGACCAUGAUCCAAUUGGGCGAGAUUUCAUUGGGCAGAGAACAAUUUCACUGAGCAGUAUGAUGCCAGGUUAUCGACAUGUGUACCUGGAAGGUAUGGAAGAGGCAUCCAUUUUUGUUCAUAUAGCAAUUAAUGACAUCAGUGGUAAGUGGACUUCUCUGUGUCAAAAAUCUACUUUUAGAAGCAGAGACUAUUUAGGAGCCAUGAAGGUCAAACAGGCCGUGGGCUUAAAAGGUCUGUUUCUGCGAAAUCCAAAACAAGCAUCUCUGGACAGUCAUGCUGCUGGACAGCUUCACCGGAAACAUUCCAUUAGUAGUCAUAUAUUAAGAAGAACUGCCAGCGCUCCAACGAAAGGCCAGCAAAAAAACAAAAAGGGCUUUCCAGAAAUUGCUAUUGACUCCAAAGAUAACAGCUCUGAAGGAGCUAGUGAAGAUAAGGAGACUGACGACUCAUCCAUACCCCGCUUUGAUAAAGAGCCUGAAAGUGCUUCUCCGAUUCUUCUGUCCAGGGAAGGUACUCCCGUGGAAAUACACAGCAAGAGUUUGAAAGAUGCCAGAAAAAUCUCAAUUUGUAGGUCGGUCUCUUCUUUAUGCAGUCUUGAAACUAUUACAGAAGAACCUACCUUUGCCAAGCAGAUACCUCUUCCUGGUCCUACAUUUCUCCAGCCUGUUGCCUCAUUUACAAAUGAAGACCUUAAAGGGUGUACAAAUUCUGAAUGUUCUAGUCUAGCUAGUAGCUCUGACAAUACGUCCAGAGUGAAUCAAAUCAAUGACCCAGCCAUAGGCAAGAUAAUCCAACCAGCCAACGGUCCAGUCACAAGCAUCGAAAUUUCUGAAAAAACAUAUAAAAAUGUUAAUGCACACAAUAAUGCUAGUGGCAAACAAGAAACCACAAUCACCAUAAAUCCUAUCAACAUGAAGCCUGGAUUGUCUUUAUUAGCUGAUGUGUCAAGAGAGAACAAGGUCUGUCAAUCAAAAGGGAGCGAAGGUGAAAGGUUCUUUGUUCAAAGGAGCGUUAGUUCAGAGAUACUGAAAAUUUCCAAAUCUUCAGAACAGCAAAUAAAGCACACCCCAGUAGUGAACCCUUUACCUCCUGGUGUUCUAAGACGAAAGCCUGAUCGAUUUCCCCAGCAAUCAUCCGUGGUCUGUAAUGGACCUCCUGUAUCUGUCAGAAGAACAAAGAGUGAAGGUCAUGUUAUUUCAAGUAGCUCAACCUUAAACUCGACAUUACAGUCUCCGGUCGCAGAGGUGUAUUCUGAUGCCACCAUUAAUGAUAGGAUAUGGAGCAAGUUAGAGCUCAACAGUCAUAGGGACAGCAUGUCUUCGUCUUCCAGUAAAUCUUCGAAUGACACAGUGAUUGAUCUUUCCUUGCCUAAUUUAGCACAAAAACAUUUGCUGGAUCUUGACAUCUCCAAUGAUAACUUUGAUAGUAUUAAUUUGCAAAAUAGCAUCCGACCAAGAUCAGCAACUACUCUAGCCUGCAGGGGAACCACUUUUGGAGCAACCAAAAGCAAAUCCAAUCCUAACUUAAUAUCCAACACCAAAGCAAUAGAUGAACUUCGUCCAAGGCCUCUAGCUAGAAGUCCUGAAGAAGUAUUGCCGCCCUUACCACGAAGGAACACUUGGAAUAGACUAUAUGUAGAGAGCCUUAAACAGACCACAAAAAGACCCAACAAUAAUAAAGUAACAGCCACCCAGUCAAUGUCUAAAAGUCUUGGGGACUUGACCUCGGAAGAUAUAUCAUGUAAUUUUGAAAGCAAGUAUCGAAGUAUAAGCAGAAGCUUUAUUACAAGGUCUAUGAGGGCUCAGAGGAGACCUGCUGGAAUGAAUGCCUCCACUAAGUCUACAGAUUCCCUCACAGAGCAACUCAAGAGGCUGACAAGUUUUGAGAAAGAAAAUGACAUCACGUCUCCCACCGAAUUUCAACCCAUUCAGUAUGAGGAUGACAGUAUGAAUCUUCUCAGGAGGACAUCCUCCAGAAGCCAGAGCAGAGUGCGGUACAUUGCAAACAGAGCAAAACAAGCCCAAGAGCGACAAAGACUUCAAAAUCUGGUUAAUGGUAAUUCUAUAGAGGAAAGAGGAAAUCCAGAAGGAGCUUGUGCAAUAACCAAAGGGUUCUGUAUGGAUUCUCUUUCGACCACUAAGUUUACAUCAGAAUCCUUGGAUAAAUUUGGACCACAAUAAAACACUGUUGUGACUAAAUACAUCCACGUAGCAUUUAUAUCAUGAAUAUGAUAAAUAGUCCAUGCAAGAUAUACCUCGAUGGGGAGAAUACUUUACUUUAAUUAUGGGAUUGGACUGAACUCCUAAAAAUCUAAAGCACUUAUAGUACUGUGUAUAUUUUUAAAUUGUCAGGUUUACAUUGGGUUUGCAAUACUCUAUUGGACACAAUUACUUUUAGAUAUUCCCAGAAUAUAUUGGUUUUGUCCAUUCAUGGAGGUCUGUCCUCCCCUCCACAGAAGACUAUUCCUGACCAUCCAGUAUGUUAACUAUUUUCUGCACUGCUUUACCAAUGUGAAACGUGAUAUUUUUAAACUGCUGCUGUAUAUAGCACCUUUAAAGUACAAUUUUAUUUUAUUUUUUUGCACUGCCAUAUAAAAUUUUCAGAAUAUGGUAUGUUUUAAAAGAAAAUAUGGCAAACAAAAAACUACAUUUUAAACCCCUUCGAUAUGUAUUACUUCUGUAAAACAUUUUUUUUUCUGAAACUUCAAUUUUAUUUUUUUUUAACAUUGAUUUAUGUCAGCAUCCUAGAUGUAGGUUUUAGAUUUUGGUUUUAACAUUUAUUUUUCUUUAUACAUCCAUUAUCAUUAUUAUUAUUAUUUUUUAACUAGUUAAUUUUAUUCCUUGGUUAUGCUAAAUUUCAAUAUAUUAAAUGUUUUAACAAAGUUUGUAAACUACCAAAAUCUAUCAAAUAAAAUUAUUU